CGGUAUUAUUCAUACCAAAACAAACUAUCACUCGAGAUAGAAGAUAAUUAUUUCUGUAUUUAGAUAAAUAUUUUAGAAUAAUCAUUUUUCGAACUUUGAUCUGCUUAGGACUAAAAUGUAGUGAUGUAAAUUUCGUAAAAAUAUCGUCAAUUAUGACUGACAUUCAUCGACAGAAAAAUUUUAUAGUUUUUUUUACAAAUAUUAGGUUAUGACAUUUUUGUUUGAAAACAUAACCCUUUAUUAUUACAAUAAGUGCAAUUUUAAAUAGAAGAAAAAUAUAUUUUGAAAAUAUGAUUCUGAAAUUGGCUGGAAUUUCAAAUAUUUCAACAGUAAGUAAAAUUAUAAGAAAUUCUAAAAUAAAUGAUUUGUAUCAUUUGACACCAGUACGUUUUAAAUCAGAUGAUUUAACGGUGAGGAUCAAUGAUGUAUCAAAGAAAAUUAGACCAGCUGAACAUCGAGAGUACAUUCCAAGAAAAUAUUUUCCUAUCGAACAAAGUCAAGAACUAUUAAGGCACCUGCGGUGGAUGCUACAGAAAGAUGUCCUAGGUCAAGAUAUGUUUUUAAUUGGUGGACCUGGUUCUCGAAGAAGAAAUUUAGCUAUGGCUUUCUUGGAGCUCACAGAACGAGAAGUAGAAUUUAUUGCAUUGUCACGGGACACAACGGAAACUGACUUGAAACAAAGGAGGGAAAUAGUAAAUGGUAGUGCAAUUUAUCAUGACCAAAGUGCAGUUCGAGCUGCGAAACAUGGACGAGUUUUAAUCCUGGAAGGCAUUGAGAAAGCAGAGAGGAAUGUUUUACCAAUAUUGAAUAAUUUGUUAGAAAAUCGGGAAAUGCAUUUAGAAGAUGGAAGAUUCCUUAUGUCUGCUGUUAGAUAUGACAAGCUGUUAGAGACUCACACCCAAGAAGAGCUUGAUUCAUGGAAGCUCGUUCGAGUAAAUGAGGAUUUUCGAGUUAUAGCUCUCGGCUUACCAUCACCUCGUUAUCUAGGCCAACCUUUGGAUCCACCUUUAAGAUCCAGGUUCCAAGCAAGACAUAUUACUCCUCCAAGUUUUCAAGAACAGAUGGAUACUUUGAAGAAGUUAGCACCGAAUGCGGAUGAAGAGAAAUUAUCACAACUUCUGUCUUGCUGUCAUGCACUCAUUAGUAAAGAAGCUAUAGAUAUUGGGCUGCCUGAUUUUCCAUUGGAUAAUUUGAUAACUGCUGCUCCGAUUCUGGAUAAAAUUCCCAAGUUGCCAGUUUUCGACGUAUUUUAUAGGUUUUAUCCAUACAAAUUAUUUCUGGGUAAAGAAGGAAGAGAGGCAGUUGAAAGUAUUCUCGAUGCUUUUGAAGUUUCACACAAAAAGAAAUCGCUACACAAUAGUGAGGAUAAAAUAUUAGGAAUUGAAGGAGAAGCUGAUUCCUGCCUAGUAUCAUUGAAAAAAAGUGAUCAAAAUGUUAAAUUGACUGUCUCUGGUAAUCCUGAAAAUAGACGACCAAAUGAUUCUUCAUUUAUAGAAACAAAAUAUCAGAAUAACUUAUUUACUGAUAUGAUUUUAUCCCAUCUGUCUUCUGACUACUGCAUAAUUGGCCCCAAAGGAUGUGGAAAAUCUACAGUUGUUGAAAUAUUAGCAAACAAUUUGGGAUAUGAAAUAGAACCAAUUGUCCUUUAUCAGGAUAUGACUUCAAGAGAUUUGAUUCAACAACGCUCGACAAUGCCAAAUGGUGAUACAAUCUGGAAGGAUUCACCACUAAUUAUAUCAGCAUUAACGGGAAAAUUAGCUGUUCUAGAUGGUAUUCAUCGAGUGCAUCCCAGUACUCUAGCUGUUCUAUAUAGACUUAUUCAUGAUCGAGAAAUUCAAGUACAUGAUGGAAAGCGAUUAAUGGGUGCAGAGCGGUUCGAUGAAAUCAAACUUAAGGACAAUAAAACAGAUAAACAAUUAAACGAUGCUGGUAUCUUCAAAAUAAAUCCUGCAUUCAAAAUCAUUGCACUAGCAGAACCGCCAGUAAUCAAUAGCCCUUCUAAUCAGUGGUUAACUUCUGAGUUGUUAAGUUUAUUUCAUUUUCAUGAAAUGAGGCCACUUCAUAAAUCUGAAGAAAUUCAUAUUCUCAAAUCAAAGUAUGGAGAACCAAGUCCACCACUAUUAAAAAUAAUUGAUCUUGCUCAUACACUUCGAUCGUCUAAUGAUCCUACUUUGCAAGCAUUAGCAGGAUCUCUGAGCACGAGACAAUUGUUAAGAAUAGCCAGUAGAAUGCACAAGUUUCCCAAUGACGAUGCUUACAAUGCAGUUCACAGAGCAUGCCUUGCACGUUUUUUGCCUGCAGUACCAAAGCAAGCUCUUGAAGAUUGUAUGAAGCAGCUUGGAAUACGUCCAAAGAAAAAUCAAUCGAUGGAUUCAAUAAAAUGCAUUAUCAGUGAUGACACUGUUACUAUUGGAAAAACGACCAUGAAUCGAUAUAAGAGUGGUGCGCUUACAAAAGUACCGGAUGUAUUGUUUUAUGAUAUUCGUCAGCAUCUUAUUUUGUUGGAAAGUUUGUUACAAGAUUUUAUACUUGGACAAAAUAUUUUACUCGUGGGAAAUCAAGGCGUUGGAAAGAACAAAAUAGUAGAUAGAUUACUUUUUCUGCUUAAUCGUCCACGUGAAUACAUUCAAUUACAUCGAGACACAACAGUUCAAACAUUAACAUUACAACCAAUCGUUAGAGAUGGAGUCGUUGUUUACGAAGAUUCACCACUAGUGCAAGCUGUUAAAUUAGGUCAUGUUUUACUAAUUGAUGAAGCUGAUAAAGCGCCUACUCAUGUUACGUGUAUAUUGAAGACUCUCGCUGAAAGUGGGCAGAUGACUUUAUCUGACGGAAGACGGAUUAUUUCACCAAGCAAGCAUGAAAAUCAUGAUAAAGAUCCUAAUACAAUAGUAAUUCAUCAAGAUUUUCGAAUGAUAGUGCUAGCCAACCGUCCAGGCUUCCCGUUUUUGGGGAAUGAUUUUUUUGGUGCUUUAGGCGAUUUAUUCAGUACUCAUUCUGUUGAUAAUCCAAGUAUGGAAGAUGAGAUUAUGUUAUUAAAACAAUAUGCUCCUGAUGUAAAUGAGACAAUCAUUCAGAAACUUGUUCAGGCCUUUGGAGAAUUGAGAAAUAUGUCAGAUCAAGGACUUCUGUCUUAUCCAUACUCUACAAGAGAAGUUGUAAACAUUGUGAAACAUUUGCAGAGAUUUCCAAAUGAAUCACUGAUAACUGUGGUUAACAAUGUUUUUGAUUUUGAUCGACAUUCUCCCGAAGUCUUUGAUACUUUAAUCAAGGUUUUUACCAAAUACGACAUUCCCAUUGGAACUGUGGCCGUAAAUAAAAAUGGUAAUCGUGAAUAUUUGCAAGUCACAAAAGAGAGAUAUUCAGGUCUCGACGUGUCUGGUCCAAAGCACGGAAAAGUAGAUCCCAAAAAUGAGCCCCAUGUGGGUGGAAACACUUGGGCUGGUGGAACAGGAGGGCGGGACACAGCAGGAUUGGGAGGUAAAGGCGGACCAUAUCGUCUAGAUGCAGGUCACACCGUUCAUCAAUUAAGUGACGAGGAGAAAAAUGCUGUACCUGAACACGUAAAAAAAGCAGCACGCGAAAUGGGAAUUCGUGCAUUCAAGGAACGUUUAAAGGAAAUUCGCAUGAGCGAAUAUGAUCACAAAUUAUAUUCUCAGUUUAGCGACGCAGUUUCCAAGCAAGUGAAAUCUCUGAGAGUAAUUUUAGGAAGUCUCCAAGCUAAAAGCAAUGAGCGGCAAUGGUUACGGCAUCAAACGUCGGGUGAAUUAGAUGAUACGAAAUUGAUAGAAAGUUUGACAGGAGAAAAAACAAUUUAUAGACGAAGAGCAGAGAAAGAACCUGAAAUUGGAACACCACUACUGAAACCGAAGAGAUUGAAACUAGUUGUUGACGUUUCUGGGAGUAUGUACCGAUUUAAUGGCUAUGAUGGAAGAUUGUAUCGGGAGCUAGAAGCAUGUGUGAUGGUGAUGGAAGCGUUUUGUGGAUACGAAGGGAAAUUUAAAUACGAUAUCGUUGGCCAUUCAGGCGACGAAUAUAACAUACUUUUUGUAGAUUGCAACCAACCACCUACUGACAAUAAACAAAGACUAGAAGUCAUUAAGACGAUGUACGCUCAUGCCCAGUACUGCUUGUCUGGUGAUCAUACAUUAGAGGCUACAGAGCAUGCGAUUACCAGCCUGGCUAAAGAAGAAGCUGACGAAUCUAUUGUUGUUGUUCUUUCGGAUGCAAAUUUGGAGCGUUACGGUAUUCCGCCUGAGAAAUUUGGAAAAUUAUUAACUUCAUGUCCUGAAGUAAAUGCGUAUGCUAUUUUUAUAGGGUCUUUAGGAGAUCAAGCAGAUAGGGUUAUGAAAAAAAUGCCAUCAGGACGAGCAUUCGUAUGCAUGGAUCUGCAAAAUAUUCCUCGAAUUUUACAACAAAUAUUUGCUGCAUCGGUGUUGAGCACACGAUCAAGUUGAAGUGAAAUUAAAAUAUCCUGCGUGCAUUGAAGAAAGGGUGAAUAAGUCUAUUGCAAGGGGAUGAAUGUCUGUGCUGUGUGUGGAACAUUCCAAAAUUCGCCAGACCGAAUGCUCACGGGGAAUCCCGAGGGAUGACGGGGUAAGCCGAGCUGGUACGAGUGGAGUGGGACGUUCUGAUGUCAGUGGCACGCCGGUCGUUGA